GGCGGGGCGGGGACGCGGAAGGUGGAUGGGGGUCGCCGCGACCUCGGCCUCCGCCGGUAGCGCAGCCUCAGCAGCGCCGAGGGAAAUGGUGCCCUGGGUGCGCAGUGUGGUAGGGAAGCUGAAGCAGCGGCUGCGGCUGGACGUGGGACGCGAGAUCUGCCGCCAGUACCCGCUCUUCUGCUUCCUGCUGCUCUGUCUCAGCGCUGCUUCCCUGCUCCUCAACAGGUAUCUUCAUGUUUUAAUGAUCUUCUGGUCAUUUGUUGCUGGAGUUGUCACAUUCUACUGCUCAUUAGGACCUGAUUCUCUCUUACCAAAUAUAUUCUUCACAAUAAAAUACAAACCCAAGCAGCUAGGACUUCAAGAAUUAUUUCCUCAAGGCCAUAGCUGUGCUGUAUGUGGUAAAGUGAAAUGCAAACGACAUAGACCUUCCUUGCUACUUGAAAAUUACCAGCCAUGGCUAGACCUGAAAAUUUCAUCCAAGGUUGAUGCAUCUCUCUCAGAGGUUUUUGAAUUAGUGUUGGAAAACUUUGUUUAUCCAUGGUACAGGGAUGUGACAGAUGAUGAGUCCUUUGUUGAUGAACUGAGAGUAAUUUUACGGUUUUUUGCAUCUGUCUUAAUACGAAGGAUUCACAAGGUGGAUAUUCCAUCUGUUAUAACCAAGAAACUAUUAAAAGCGGCAAUGAAGCAUAUAGAAGUGAUAGUUAAAGCCAGACAGAAAGUAAAAAAUACAGAGUUUUUACAGCAAGCUGCGUUAGAAGAAUAUGGUCCGGAACUUCAUGUGGCAUUGAGAAGUCGAAGAGAUGAAUUACACUAUUUAAGGAAGCUUACUGAACUGCUUUUUCCUUAUAUUUUGCCUCCUAAAGCAACAGACUGCAGAUCUUUGACUUUACUUAUAAGAGAGAUCCUGUCUGGUUCUGUGUUCCUUCCUUCUUUGGAUUUCCUUGCUGAUCCAGAUACUGUGAAUCAUUUGCUUAUCAUCUUCAUAGAUGACAGCCCACCUGAAAAAGCUACCGAACCGGCUUCCCCUUUGGUUCCAUUCUUGCAGAAAUUUGCAGAACCUAGAAAUAAAAAACCAUCUGUGCUGAAGUUAGAAUUGAAGCAGAUCAGAGAGCAACAAGAUCUCUUAUUUCGUUUCAUGAACUUUCUGAAACAAGAAGGAGCAGUGCAUGUAUUGCAGUUUUGUCUAACUGUGGAGGAAUUUAAUGAUAGAAUUUUGCGACCAGAGUUAUCAAAUGAUGAAAUGCUAUCUCUUCAUGAAGAGUUGCAGAAGAUUUAUAAAACAUAUUGUUUGGACGAAAGUAUUGACAAAAUUAGAUUUGAUCCCUUCAUUGUAGAAGAGAUUCAGAGAAUUGCUGAAGGCCCCUACAUAGAUGUAGUGAAACUUCAAACUAUGAGAUGUCUUUUUGAAGCAUAUGAACAUGUUCUUUCUCUCCUGGAGAAUGUAUUUACUCCUAUGUUCUGCCACAGUGAUGAGUAUUUCAGACAACUUUUAAGAGGUGCAGAAUCACCAACACGCAAUUCAAAAUUCAACAGGAGCACACAGAAAAGAGGAGAAUCAUUUGGAAUCAGCAGAAUAGGUAGCAAAAUUAAAGGAGUAUUCAAGAGUACCACAAUGGAGGGAGCUAUGUUGCCUAAUUAUGGUUUGGCUGAAGGUGAAGAUGACUUUAUUGAGGAAGGCAUUGUUGUAAUGGAAGAUGAUUCGCCAGUGGAGGCUGUGAGCACACCUAAUACUCCCCGAAACCUUGCUGCAUGGAAAAUUAGCAUUCCAUAUGUAGACUUUUUUGAGGACCCUUCUUCUGAAAGGAAGGAGAAAAAGGAGAGAAUUCCUGUGUUUUGUAUUGAUGUUGAAAGAAAUGAUAGAAGAGCAGUUGGGCAUGAGCCUGAACAUUGGUCUGUCUACAGAAGAUACCUUGAAUUCUAUGUACUUGAAUCAAAACUAACAGAAUUUCAUGGCACAUUUCCUGAUGCCCAGCUUCCUUCCAAGAGGAUCAUUGGCCCCAAAAAUUAUGAAUUCUUAAAAUCAAAGAGAGAAGAGUUUCAGGAAUAUCUGCAGAAACUUCUGCAGCAUCCAGAACUGAGUAAUAGUCAACUUCUAGCAGACUUUCUGUCCCCUAAUGGUGGGGAAACACAGUUUCUUGAUAAGAUACUACCAGAUGUAAAUCUUGGGAAAAUUAUAAAGUCAGUUCCUGGAAAACUAAUGAAAGAGAAAGGUCAGCAUUUAGAACCUUUCAUCAUGAAUUUCAUUAAUUCCUGUGAAUCUCCAAAGCCUAAACCAAGUAGACCAGAACUGACCAUUCUCAGCCCUACUUCAGAAAACAACAAGAAGCUUUUCAAUGAUCUAUUUAAGAAUAAUGCAAACCGUGCUGAGAAUACAGAGAGAAAGCAAAAUCAGAAUUAUUUUAUGGAGGUGAUGACUGUAGAAGGAGUGUAUGAUUACCUGAUGUAUGUAGGACGAGUAGUUUUCCAAGUUCCUGACUGGCUUCAUCAUCUGUUAAUGGGAGCUCGAAUCCUCUUUAAAAACACCCUGGAAAUGUAUGCUGACUACUAUCUUCAGUGUAAACUGGAACAGCUAUUUCAGGAGCACCGUUUGGUCUCACUUAUAACACUUCUCAGAGAUGCUAUAUUUUGUGAAAACACUGAACCCCGUUCUCUCCAAGAUAAACAGAAAGGAGCAAAGAAAACUUUUGAAGAAAUGAUGAAUUACAUUCCAGAUUUGAUAGUAAAGUGUAUUGGUGAAGAAACCAAGUACGAAAGCAUCAGACUUUUAUUUGAUGGCUUACAGCAGCCAGUACUCAACAAGCAGCUGACUUAUGUUUUAUUGGACAUUGUGAUACAGGAACUGUUUCCAGAGCUCAAUAAGGUGCAAAAGGAAGUUACCUCUGUGACGUCUUGGAUGUAAACAUUUGGAUUUAGUAGUAGUAAAUAACCAGUUAAGAUUUCUGCUGUGCUUGUGUAGUAGAAAUGUACUUUUUUUUCUUUUAUUUUUGUGUAUAUCAUGUACUUCAGUGUCUGAAAUUUUUAAUUUUUUUGUUUUAAUAAAGACUAACUUAAUAACAA